CUUCAUUAAAGUUUUGUUUUUAUUACAACCUUUUAAUUAAAAAAUAAAUACCUACCUAUUGGAAUGUCGAUGAAAAAGGUUUUCAAAAUUCAUCUUUACUAGGCAAUAAUUGCUUAUACAAUAUAAAAAUACAAUCUUUUGUUUGGAUUUUUUUAAAGAAAAAAAUUGUUAUGGUUUCACUUCAAAAGCCAAAAUUUUUAAAACCGGUUGAUGACAGUUUCUUUGUAUCAGAUAGAGAUCUUCAACCAACUGAUGACAAAAUUACUACAUUUGUGUAUAAUGCGAAUUAUUCACUAGCCUUAGAUGCGCAACGCGAGCAACUUCCUAUUAGGAAAUAUCGUGAUCAUAUAUUAUAUUGCUUAGAAAAUUAUCAGGUGCUAAUUUUAGUUGGUGAAACUGGUUGCGGUAAAAGUACGCAAGUGCCACAGUAUUUAUAUGAACAUGGCUGGCACUUAAAGGGUCUAAUAGGUAUUACACAGCCCCGACAGAUCUCAGCUAUAACCUUAGCUAAUCGUGUAGCAGAGGAGAGAGGUGAAGUAAUUGGAGAAACAGUUGGAGUUAUUGUGCGUUUUAUUGAAAGAUUUAGUGAAAAUACAAAAAUUAAGUUCAUGACCGAAGGAAUUCUUCUUCGGGAAAUGCUCGCAGAUCCGUUGCUAUCAAGCUAUGCAGUUUUAAUAAUUGAUGAAGCACAUGAACGAAAUAACUUAACCGAUAUUACGCUAGGAUUAUUGAAAAAGAUUUUAAGAAAAAGAAAAGAUUUGAAAAUUGUAAUAUCAUCGGCUACUAUAGAUGCAGAAUUUUUCAAAAAGUUUUUUGAUUCAACAUUGAAAAUUUCAAAAGAAAUAACAAAAAUUUUAUCAGUCGAAGGACGAGUUUACCCUGUGAAUAUUUUCUAUCUAAAAAAACCGACUCCUGAUUAUGUAAAGGAAACUAUGGAUACCGUAUUAAAAAUUCACGAUAAAGAGCCGCUUGGGGACGUAUUAGCAUUUUUGACGGGACAAGAAGAAGUAUUACGAUGCGUGGAUUUAUUGAAAAGUUAUCAAGAAAGUCGUAAGCUAAGCGAUUUACAUAUACUACCUCUAUAUGGUACUCUACCAAACAAUGAUCAAUUAAAAGUUUUCUGGCAUAGUGGUAAAAACGUCCGAAAGGUUAUAAUCGCUACAAAUAUUGCAGAAACUUCUGUAACAAUUCCGAGAAUUGUUUACGUUAUUGAUUGUGGAUUUGUGAAAAUUAAAUACUAUAAUGCCGAAAGCCAAACAGAUAGUUUAGUAAUAGUACCAGUCAGUAAGGCUGCAGCACAACAAAGAUCAGGCAGAGCAGGUCGUGUUCGACAUGGUAAAGUAUAUCGUCUUUACACGGAAGAAGGUUUUAAUAAUUUACCUGAUCAAACGACACCGGAAAUUCAGCGAACUGAUUUGAGCUCAGGAUUAUUGUUCUUGAAAGCACUUGGUGUUGACAAUAUUUUAAGAUUUGAUUUCCCUUCGCCACCUUCAUCUAAAAAUAUAUUAGCAGCUUUAGAAACUCUUUACGCAUUAGGUAUUAUAGAUAAGCAAGGAAAUUUAACAAAAAAUAUUGGGUAUUUAUUGGCUGAAAUGCCCUUUAGUCCUAUGAUUGGAAAAAUGCUUUAUAUUGCUAGUCAAAUGGGUUGUUCUGAUGAAAUUCUGUCUAUAGUGGCAAUGCUUCAAGUAAAAUCGGUUUUCUCGACGCCAGUUACAGGACAAGGUCAAAUAAAAGCCCGAGUUCAAAAACGUAACUUUGAAGUUUCUGAAGGAGAUUUGAUAACAUCGCUAAAUGUGUACACAGCAUUUGUUGAAUAUGGCCAAACCAAAGAGUUUUGUGGACAAAAUUAUCUUAUAUAUAAAAAUUUGAAAAGGGCAUAUGAAUUACGAUCACAAUUACGAGGAUUAAUUGAAAAAAAAUUAGGAUUACCAAUAAUUUCAUGCAAUGGAAAUGUUGAAACCAUUUGCAGAUGUAUAACAGCUGGGUUCUUCCAAAAUGCCGCAUAUUUACAUCAUUCUGGCAAAUAUAAAACUAUUAAAGGCAAUGUAGAAAUUCACAUCCAUCCCACGUCAACUUUAUACACCUUGAAACAACCACAAUUUGUAGUAUUUUGCGAUCUAAUGCAUACUACGAAAUUAUUUAUGAAAGAUUUGACUGUCGUCCAAGAACAAUGGUUGACAGAACUAGCUUCACAUUAUUAUCAAAAAGGCGCAAGCAAAGACAAUUAAAUUAAUUGUACAUUGUGAUUUUGCUUGUUAAACAAUUGCAUUUAAAAAUAUAAUAAUAUAGAAUUUUAUAUCUAGAAUUUCGAAAGAUUUAAAUUUUUUUCAAAUAAAAGAAAACUACUGUACCAGA